AUGGCCGCGCUGCGUGAGCUGCUGCUGGCUGCCGAGCGCGCCCCGCAGCCUCUGGACGACGCUAUCCUGUCGUUCGCGCGCGCGCUCUUGCUCGAGCCGAUAGCGACAGACGCAUCGCCGCCGCGUUUGCCGUCCCGAGACGAUGCGGUCGCACUGAGUCGCCAGUUUCUAGCCCUUUAUCCGCAGGGAGAGCUCUUCCUGCGCGUGUGGCCCGAGGGCCGCGGCGCGGGCAGUCGCUACGCCAAGCGCGAUACUUUUGCAGUGUUUCUGCACGUGGUGACGCACUUGCUGCACGUCCAGCAGCAGUUGGACGCCGCGCAAGCCGAAGCGUUUGCACUCCGAGUCGUGCGGGAGAAGACGACGCAGUUGGAGACGCUCUUGAGCUGGAGCGACAAGCCGUGGAUUGAGUUUCGAGUGCUGGAGCUGAUGACGGCCGUGACAAACGGGAGCCCCGUCGCCGCGCGAGAACUCGUGCGGGUAUUCAAUUUCCAGUCUCCGGCGUUUGUCAAGUUGGCGACGAGGCGGUGGAAACGACACGAAGACGUAGCGGGACAGGAGGCACCUGAUCGAAAGCAUGCUCCGGCGCAGCUGCGAGCAGCCUACGUGGACUUGGUGUUGGCCUUGACGGCGUGUCCGGAUAGGAGCGUGCAUCGCUUUGCAAUGAAAGAAGGAGGUGUGACGGCGUCGCUGUGCAAGAGCGUGGAUGGAGAUUCGAUCGAGAUGCUGACGACGCUAUUUGCGCGACUGGGGGAAAGUGUGCUGUACAAUGAGGACGUCGAGCGCAAGAGCAAGUUGGCCGUAUACAACGGCACGUGUGUGCAUCAAGUGCUAGCGCUGUUGCACGUGGAAGGCGAUGCGGAUGUGCGGGACACGGCGCUGGGGGUGCUGCAUGCACUGUUCUUUGACGACAGCGCGCUGUAUGUAGUCCCGCAGAAACACGCGCUGCGACUCUUUUUGUCCAAAUCGGCGAGUGCUCAGAGUGACGAGGAGGUGAUCACGUCGGAGCAGGCGUAUGCACUCAAGGUGAUUCGAAACGCUGUCGCGACCAUUGGUGUGAAUGAGCUCUUGCGCAGCGCACAAGCACAGACGCUUGUGAUGCAGUUUCUUGCAAAGUACCCGGGAUUUCUGUCGGAAUACCUCGCUGCGUUAUCACUUCAGCUUGAACCGAAGCCAGUCUAUCGAUGGUUUUGCGUUGCUUCCUUGGUGCAGAAAUUACUGUCCUGCCCGCUAGACGCGAUUGCAGUGGGAAUGCCGACAAACGACAACCGGGACGCUCAGCACUCGUGGUGUUCUGCAUCGACCUUUGCGUCACGGCUUAUUGCACCAGGAAACUUCCGCAAGGAGCUCUCCCGUGGCAUCCAGCACAGCAACAAAUUAGUGGUCUACUCGUGUCUCUGCAUAAUCGAGGCGAUGCUAAAUCGGUAUGUACGCGUUGCCCCGCUGUUGCAAGACCUGGGCUUUGCUUCCAAAGUGCGAUCAGAGUUGCGGUUUCUACUUCCGAGCCCAGAGGCGCUUGUGUCGUUGUUGCUCAAGUUGUGUGCAUCACAGGAGCGCAGCGUUGCGCUCAUUUACUUGCGCGUGCUCACAGUGUUUCGUCUCUAUAUGGAAUGCCUCCCUCAAGCUAUGCGUGAGAUAAAGGUCGAUUUCACGAAGACGCUAACGUGGCAAUACUUGGAUUGUCCUACCGACGGUACAACUAAGGGCGUCGUGUCGACAACACCGCUCCAGAACUUGAUCGUGAGUGAGAUGCUGCGAUUUCUGCUUGCGAUGGACGUCCCUCGUCUUCGAUUUCUGUUCACUAGUGGUAGUUCUGACUAUCGCUCGAAGCUCCAGCAAAUGCUGCUGUUGUACGUAUCAACGGCAAGUUCCUCCGUGCAAGAGCUUGCGGGUCAGGUGCUUCGGCGCACGUUGCUGGCUUCGGACAUCUUUGGACUGACAACACAAGGAGAAGAGAAUCACGAGAUUGGUGGUCUUGCAAAUGACGAAGUCUCCUUUUGGCUCGAGAGUUUACGCCAGGGUGGCGGAAAAGUCUGCGCUGUGUUCACGGAAAGUCUCGCGCGCGUUGUGAUGGCCGAUCCACUCAAAUAUGUCGCAAUUGGUCGCCGUGCUGUAACACCUGCACACUCUUCGUCCUCACUUAGUCCAAUGACUGUGGCGCUAGUAGAAUUUCUCAGCUCGCGCAUGGGAGUAGCUGGGAACGCAGACCUGUCAGUAUAUCGUGCCGACUCGUGUGUGGUAGCGUUUGCUGCACGCAUUUUGCUAGCGUUGAUGCCGACGAGCAAGCAUCCGCAGCAAUUGGUCGCGCUGGUUGCAAGCAGCAAUGCUUUUUUUGCGGAUACGGAGAGUGCGUCACAACCACAUCAAGACGAAGACGACAAAGUCCGCAGCAAUAACUUGAAAGGCAAGAAACGAAAGCGGUCGGAUGAGACGAUGCGUGGAAGUGAUGCUUACGUGUGGCUCAAGACGACUUGUGAAGCACUUGUGUCAGGAAAGUGUCAGUCGAGCAACGUUGCCACCCCUAGGAAAGCGACGAAAGCUGGCACAAAGUGGCACCACCAGAGCGAUGUGAAUGCGCUGGCUACCGCUAUAGUUGCAAUGACGCCAUCGUGCUUCGUUUCAUCCUGGGAUCAAGUCGUUUGCAACUGCGCUGAAGUAGCAGCGAAUUUCGGCCCCAUUCUCCACUAUCUAUCCGGGCGAGGAAACGUGGACAUUCUUUCAUUGUUGAGCCGACGUGUGACGCGAUCGGCGACGAAAGACAAGGAGCAGCAACAACAGCAGCAGACGUCCGAUUCGUCUCCUGUCGAAACGUUCACAGCGACGGUUCCUUUGUACAUUGUCCUGCAGCAUGUACUGUUCAGCAUCUCGAGUCAAGAUCGCGACGAACAAAACUCGACGAUCACUACGAUGCUAUGGUUGGUGAAGAGUCGAGUCGAAAAUCAUCAGGUUGCAGCUACGGAUGCAGCGCGCAUGUGCGAACAGCUACUGUUUUUCUUCGCAACAAGUGACCACGGCUUCUCCGAAAUCGGUUACGCCAGACUUUGCAAGCUGCUUGUACAAUUGCUGACGAUCUGCAUUGUUCAGGGCGAGACGAACGGGUUAACCUCCAGCAUUGUUUCACGCAUUUUCGCCAAACUUCGAGCUGUGAUCGCUGGUAGCUCUAGCUCUGCUAUCCAGCGUCAGCUAUACGCCGUGGAGAUUGUGGCUGUGCGAGUGUACUCGAGCAUCAAUCCGGACUCAAACCUGGACAUGCUGUGCGAUUUCGCCGAUCUGCAUCAGUGCGCAAGCGUACCCUUUGUGGCUGUGUUGGCCUCACUCGUUCCUCCCAGCACUCGUAUCACAGUACUUGACAGGCUUUUGCACCACGCUAGCGCCCGGGCUCUUCCUGCUCCACGCGCAGUACUUCUUGAGCGUCUGCUUGAAACACUUGGAAAGUGUGGGACGGAUGAGCGUCAACGACCGUGUGACGUCCAUACGCGCACGAAGUUGCUCACGCAGAAGCUCUGGCUGCUACUGUGCAGCGAAAGCAGCCAGCGGAAGCUGUCGUUUUUUGUGGCUGGAUUCACGGUACUGGGACGCCUGGGCGGUGUCGAUGCUUCAACGGCCGUGCCAUGCAUCGCAACUUCUCUUGUGCCACUCGUGGUGCGAAGUGCGCACGUGACGUCAAGCCAGAAGCCCUGCACUGAAAUGCUGACAGCGAUUGCUACAGCCAUUCGAAGUGGCAACGAGAUUGCAGCGUUUCCGGUUGUCUUCGAGGAGCAGCUCAUGCAGCAGAUCCAGCAAGUGACGGAUGAGCGCGUGAAAUGCCGACUGAUAGGGGCGCUGUACGAUGUGUUCACGCGGGUAGUGCAUCCCGAGCUUCGAGCACUCUCAGUCGACUUGAUGCCAGUCUGUUACCAGCAUGUGCUACUAACGGCUCACGAAGAGUGCUCAGCAGAGCUUGCACUGAUAAGGCACUUGUGUACGGAUGCGUCUUCGAACAGGAACGCAAUGGCGCCUGGUGUGUCUCUUCGUGCCAUGCUCAAAGAGCUAGCAAGAUCUCGGUGCGACGAGGCGUUGUCGUCCUCGCAGCUGCUUGCUCUCCUCUUCCUGUCGCGCAGCAGUGGCUAUCCCGACAGUGCAGCAGUAGAUCUACUGCUACUCCUCAUUCGAAGCGGGGUUUGCAGUCUCAAGGCAGUGCACGCCAAAGCGGAUGAGCGCGCGGUACGCAGCUGUGACUGGCCUUACGACUUCGAGGCCACGAUGCUUCUGGUGGAGAGAGCUAUCGGACUCCUGCAGCAUGAAAUGCACGAGAAACAAUUGUCAGCUCUCAAAAAGGUACUUCCGCUAUUUGCUGCGAUGCGUGAAGGUGUCCGAGAACGUACGAGCAAGUGGGCAUUCGGGAAGUUUGUGGGUAUGUCAGCGGCAUUGCUGCGUCUCGCGGGAAACGAUGCAGGCGCAGUCGAAUACGAUUUUGUAGCUCACUUUGACGCCGUCGUGCAACACCCCUGCUUCGCAACGAGUCUGCAAGACGGCGACAACAAAGAAGUACAGCUGUUGGUCGCUCGGGUCGUCGCACAACUUGUUCGCAUCACGAAGAAGUACACACGCCCGCUCUUGCAGACGUUGCUGGCCUCAUAUUCAAUGUCGCUCUCCCGUUUCGAUCGCGCUUUGCGGGUGCUAUUUGACGAGUUUGAAGCUCAGAAACAAGAUGGCAUGACGUUGGCGAGCAUGGGCUUCCGCUUUGGCGCAUCGUGUACGGUCUCGCCAGCAGCUGCUAUCCCGGCGUCAUCGAAAGGGUUUCACAACGACUUGGUUGACGACUCUGCCUGGGUCCUUGGAGGAGGUCUUGAGCAAGAUCGUGUUCGUGCGACCAUUGAGCGCUUUCCGCUCACGCGUACAGUGUCAACGACGAGCGACGCACAUCUCCUGCAUCUCGACGAAGAGCUCUUUGCUGUUGACGAACCCAAUGACGACGCUGAGCAGGCACUGUUUGCGGAUGGUGAGCAGCCGAUAGAAGGCUACGACCCAGCGUUCCUCUUGCCAAUGCUAUCGUCGUUCAUCGCGUCGUCCAACUUGCCCGAUAGUGGCAUUGUGCAGCAUGGCCUACUGGGCGUUGCAAUUCGCGCGACGUCGUCUGACAAUGAGGAAAUGCGCACGUAUGCUUUCGGCAUCCUGGCACAUUUGCACGAGUCGUUGCAAGCGUUGUCCGAGACGUCGAGCGACUUCAAGGCGGGGCGUCAGGUGCAUCUAUUGCUGGAUGUAUUCCGUCGAGGGAUUCUCGAGCCACUGAAGCAAGUGCCGUCGGUCGUGACGGUGUUCCUCAAUGACGCCCUUGCUGUUUUACUGCGUCCAACACACGUGUUGUACCCGCAAGUGAAUCACUUCCUGCUAGCGCGCCCCGCAAUGGAUGUGGCUGAUGUGCCAAUGUUCUACUCGCUGUUCAACAGCCGAGCACCCCUGACUUUUCGGCAAGAGCGAUCGUGGCUUCUUCACACCCUUCGUCGCGGCAUACGCAACGAUGACGACGUGGUAUUGCUUGUACGCCGCCACGUGCUUCCGAUGCUGAUGAGCUUUUACACUUCGGAACUCGCGGAUACGCACACCCAGCCGCUGAUCACGAACAUUCUCGUUGAAACACUGCGCACGCCGUCAGGCGGAGUUUAUCUGGUCACAAAGACAGCAUUGCUGGAAUGGUUGGCGGCACAAUUCGUACGAUACGGAGCUGCUCGUUUGCCUGCGAAAUCGCGCAAUGAUGCAUCGAUUGGAUCGACAUCGCGUCCGGCUUCAUUGACGCUGCUGCGCCCACUUCUGACGGUUUUCGAGCAAGCACUACGCGAUGAUGGGAUCUGGAAUGCACUGGACGCUGCCCAUCAACAUGCAGCAGCUCUGCAAGCAGCAAAUGCGUUUGCAUGUCUGCAUUCAGCUAUUGCGGCGCAUCGCGCUGGCACAAAGAUCGACUCUUCAGUCACGAGCAAGGUUGGCCUCAUUGCGAAAUCAGUCGUCCGUCGUGCUGGUCUCGUGUGCUCCCUCGAGUUGCUGCACAGUGCUCUUGAAGUGGUCCAGCAGCACUCUGCCAAGCCCGAAAGUGCGUGUAUCGAAGUGGCCGAGACAGUAGCCAGCAAUCUCAGCCAAUGGCUGCUGCAACACCGUCACUAUGAAGCCCAGAAGCAGCGGUUUCAGGACUGGGCGCUGCUGCUGCGUCAAGUGGUUUCGGUACUUGUCUCGUGCGACAGCAAUGUGGUGCCAAGUAAGCAGCAGCGAGCAAGGUGGUCCCUUGAACAGCUCAAGUCCGUCUUGGAUCAAUUGCCGACACUGAAACAACUCGUGUUAGCACCUGCGACUACGGAAAACGCACCGAGCGUCGUUUCUGUGCCUGCACUGUUCUAG